AUGCCGUUAAUCAACCCCAAUGAUUAUAAUUCAAAUGUUAUUAUUCAUAGAUAUAAAACUCAAAUGAAUCCAAAUAUUCAGAAUUUUUUCAAAAAAUGUCAACAAUUAAUUCAUUUUCAAGUGUUCUCAUCAUUUAUACGUUCGUCGUCGUCGACGUCCUCCUCCUCCUCAUCAGCAUCAUCAUUAAUGCCUGGACAUAUUCCAGUAAUGAAAUCAGAAAUUAUUCAGUAUACUCAACCAAAACCUGGUCAAAUUUAUUUAGAUAUGACUUUUGGUACAGGUGGUCAUGCUAAUGAAAUAUUGAAAUAUGCUGAAAAUAAUUUAACAUGUUACUUUUUAGAUCGUGAUCCAACUAGCUAUCAAUAUAUGGAAUCACUUCGUGCACAUUAUAGUUUAUCAAAUCAUAAAAUCUAUCCACUUAUUGGAAAAUUUAGUGAUCUACCACAAUUAUUAUCGUCAUCAUCAUCAUCAUCAAAUCAAUAUGAUUUGAAAUAUCAAUCAGUUGAUUUAAUUUUGAUGGAUUUAGGCGUAAGUUCACCACAAUUGGACAUGGAAUCACGUGGAUUUGGUUUUAAACAUAAUUCUUCACCAUUAGAUAUGCGUAUGAAUCAAUGUCAUGGUGUACAAAAAGACACACCAACUGCCGCUGAUAUAGUGAAUACAUUGAAUGCUGAUGAAUUAUCCACAAUAUUUAAUAUUUAUGGUGAAGAACGUUAUUCACAACGUAUUGCUAAUGCAAUUGUUGAUUAUAGACAUGAUGUUGGUUUUAUACAAACAACAAAACAAUUAGCUGAUUUAAUUCAGUCUGUUGUACCAAUGAAUAAAUCAGAUAGUGGUUUUAUUCAUCCAGCAACACGUGUAUUUCAAGCAUUACGUAUAUUUAUUAAUGAUGAAUUGAAUGAAUUGUGUAUUGGUUUAGAAUUAGCUGUAUCUUUGUUAAAAUCUAAUGGAUAUUUAGUGAUAUUAUCAUUUCAUUCAUUAGAAGAUCGUUUAAUUAAAUGGGCAUUUCAUUAUCAGGAUAGCUGUAAACAUUUAUCUUUAUCGAAAUAUUUAUUACAACGAAGUCAACAAUUUCAUUGUACUACUACUAAAAACCAAAGACGUGAAUAUUUCAAUGAUGAUAAAUUUGAUAAAAACUUGGGUGAUGAACAAUUAAAACCAAAAUGGAGUUGUGUUAUCGGACCUUUGACUCCUUCCAAUGCAGAGAUCGAGACGAAUCCAAGAAGUCGUUCAGCUAAAUUACGUAUAGCAAAGAAAGCAUAAACUUUGGGUGAUGCGUGGGGGGGGGGUGGUCUGGUCGUAAAAGAACAGAUGAGGAAAUCAAAUCGACUGUGUAUUAUUGAACACUCUUUCUAUGUAUUGUACAGAGUUUUGUUAAUUCAUUGUCAUUUGUACAUAUCAAUCAGUUUGUUUUGCAUAUAUACAAUUUUGUACACCUUUUUUU